AGUAGGAAGUAGGAGUGUGAGAUUGUGUGAUAAACACAUGAGAAAAAGCGAGAGCCAUACAUAAAUAAGAUGGGUGGACCAAAGAGACUUGACAAGGAUUAAAGUAUGAUGUGAAGCAACAAAAACAACCCAGUUUCAUCUGACUGAAACAGAAAGACAGGAAAUACAAAUACAUGCAAAAUCAUGGUGCAUAGAAAACAGAGGACUUGCCUGCACAAGAGGAAGAAGAUCGACAAGAAAGCAGAAAGGCCAAAGUUUAACAUCUAGAGAGAGAGAUAGAGUGUGAGAACAGAAGGUGAGCGGGGGAAGUUAGCAAGAGAGGACAGGUAUGAGGGGACAGCUCUCAACAUUCCUCUCGCUGAUGGUCACUGUCUUCUGUUUGGGGAGCCUGCUGACUACUCUCUGGUCCAUGGUCGACAACAACACACCAUUUGGGAACCACUGGUGUAGAGGAUGUGAGAUGUAUAGGUGGAGGUGGAGAGUCGGACGAAGGGGGGGAAUGACGGAGACCAAGGUGAAAUUACUAGUGGUUAUAGGGUUAAUGGAGAAAGAGUAGGUCCUCUCUAAAUCUAUGCAGUUUUGCAGGGGUCCAAAUACCCUAUUCAGAAUUUUUUUAAUUGUACCUAGUCCUAACCCUUCAAUGAGAAUGGGAACUUUUGACUGGUACUGUAAUACAGUAUAUAUAUAUAAAGUAUAUAUAGAGAGAGUUAUAUACCUGACAUACAGAUUUGUAAUAAUGAGAGGUAAAAGUUCUAGUUACUGCACAUGUCUUUAAGAUUUCUGUUUGCACAAAUGUUUAAUAUUUAGGAGUUGGUCUUUUGCAUUAUUGUUUUUUAAUGUACUUUUUCUAUGUACUUCAAUAGUUCGAGGUGUUUUUUUUAGAUGAACCACACCUGUCACCAUAGAGCUUGUUUGCCUAUUGGUGUGUAUUAUGUAUAAAUAUGGGCGGGAUGUCCUGUGUCUCUCUUUUUUGCUCCACAGCAAUGUUGAACCUCACAGAGCGCCUCCUCACAAGAAAGUCCCCCCUUGGCCCUCUGACCUCUGUAAAGGCUGCAGGGUGGUAAUUGAAAAAGUAAGAAAGUACUACUCUCAAACUUGGAAGAAGCAAGAGGACAAUUACCAAAAAUUCAGAUCUCAGCUGAGCAGCAAGUGUAAUGGUUUUGACAAGGCCAUCAUCACCCAGGCCAACACUCCAGUGGGAUCAAAGAUUGUGUAUGAUGGGGAAAAGAAAAGCACCCUCCAGGUGACCCCGGAGCUUUUCAGCACAUUUGCAAAGGAGAAUAUGUUUCAAAAUAAAACAUGGGACACGUGUGCUGUCGUUGGGAACGGAGGGAUUCUGACCAACAGCAGCUGUGGAAAGAUGAUCGAUUCAGCUCAGUUUGUUAUCAGGUGCAACCUACCUCCUUUGGAAAAAGGCUUUGAGAAACAUGUGGGCAUCAAGACUGACAUUGUGACAGCAAACCCAAGCAUCUUUAUAGAGAAGUAUGGGGGUCUAAUGGGGCGUCGGCGUCCAUUUGUGGAGAAUCUGCGUUGCUACGGCAACUCCCUGCUGCUUCUUCCCGCCUUCUCCUAUGGCCACAACACUCCCGUGUGCCUGCGGGCCGUCUACAGCAUUGAGGACUUUCAAAGCCCCACCCGGCCUGUCUUCUUCAACCCUGAAUACCUCCAGAGUCUGGCCCUCUACUGGGGCUCCCAAGGCCUACGAGUGUCUCGGCUCAGCACCGGCUUAAUGAUGACUAGCCUGGCGCUGGAACACUGUGCCAAUGUACAUCUGUACGGGUUCUGGCCCUUCAGUAAUCACCCACAUGGACUCCAUGCCCUUCCUAACCACUACUACGAUGACGUAAAAGCUAACAAUGGAUUUCACGCGAUACCGGCUGAGUUUGAGCUCUUGUUGCAGCUGCAUAGUCAAGGGGUGCUCAAGCUUCACCUGGGAGAUUGUCCACCGCGUGAAAAGUAGUUCCCAGACCCAGGGGCAGCUAACAGGACAGGAGCAAAGUGCCUUGUUUGCAGUGUUGGGGAAGCUACUUUGAAAGUGUUGCUUCUUCAACUUGCACCUUUUUAGACCGUAUGAACAGCUCGAACACUUAACUUUAAAUAAUGGGCCUAUCUUUGUACGUGUCAGAGCAGAAUCAAAGAGGUUCAAUUGCAGAAUAGAAGAAAUAUAAAUACUUUAGAAUUGACUAAAUUGUUUCUUCCUUUUAUGGCACAAAAUAGUUUGUAGUUUUGGUAGUUAACUACUCAAAACAUGGGGAAAAAUAAAUGUAUUUAUGUAUGUA